ACUGGGGCGCUAGCUUCAGUUAAAAGGUAAGUGGUAAGUGCAGGUAAAUAACCAUCUCGAUUGUGUCAUAUUGAAUGAUUUUAAUUGCAAUAAAAUUUAUUUACCAAAAGAAAGUACGUUUUUCUGUGUUGAGAUAAUGGGCAUUUUGAGAUUGUGUAAAAAUUUUAAUUUCUGUUCCAGGCGACAUGAUUGAACAGUUGAACGAUAUCAAUGUUAAUCGAUUAUCGAUAGCUAGAGAAAUCUUACGGUCUUUUAGUCGAAACACUGUUGUUUAAAAAGCCGUUAUUUUCCGUUAAAGUUGGCAGUGCCAGAAAUGUGGUGGCGUUUCGUUCAAUAACUACCGUUACUUCGAUAGGUACACGUCAUCUUCCCAACACUAGCCAAUUAGUCCUUGCAUUUCAAUAGGGUUGCCGGUUGGUUGCAUGAAAGGAGUUACAAUCGUAGAUAAAUUUCAGAUACGGCAACACUUGUUUGACGUUUAAAACUUUUCCGGCUCUUUCGUUGUCAUUUAAUUUUUAGCCAGUUCAGUUUUGUGCUUUUCUUUUAUUGUUCAGCAGCAGAAAUUAGUUUUCAUGCCAAAAAUGGUGAAUAACUCGGUUGUUAAUGCGCCCUUCUACCAAGAGAAGCGCAAAAUCGGUGGUCGCGCCUCUGGUAACGGCGGCACAGAAAUGGCUGAUUCGAAUCAGAGCAGCGUUAAUGCAUCGGAGAACAACGAGCAUUUGCGCAAAAUAUUUGUCGGUGGUCUCUCCAUUAAUACCACUGCCGAUACGAUGCGCCAAUUUUUCAGCCAAUUUGGCGUUGUCUCCGAUGCUGUGGUUAUGCGUGAUCCAAUAUCCAAUCGCUCGCGCGGCUUUGGUUUUGUGACCUAUGUAGAGCCGGGCUCCGUUGAGAACGUUCAGCGUGCCCGUCCACAUAUCAUUGACAGCAAAACUGUGGACACCAAACGUGCUUUUCCACGUCAUGAGUUCAACAAGGCCAUCGGCCAUUUGAGCAAUAUCAAGACGAACAAGAUAUUUCUCGGUGGUCUCAAGGACUGCCACGAUGAGAGUACUUUGCGAGAAUAUUUUUCUCAAUUCGGUGCUAUCAACAGCGUCAAGGUGUUGUUAGACAAGGAGACCGGACGCAAGCGUGGCUUUGGGUUCUUAGAGUUUGAGGAUACGGCUAGUGCUGGUCGGGCUUUAGCUCAAAGCAAGCACUCUAUUAAGAUGGCCACUGUGGAGGUGAAGAAAUCCACUCAGAUGCUGGAUUGCAGCAAACGCGUUCGUUUGCCAAUUGGAGGCGCCGCAUGCGCCGGCUAUGCGCCACCACAGCCGACCAUCAUGGACAACUUAGUCUAUAAUCCAAAUUAUAAUCCGUAUCAGGCACAAACUUCAUUGCCGCCGUCUGCAUUCUUUAACGGUUGGGCUUCGUAUGUGGCACCUACAAUUCCGACAACAACCGUUAGCUAUCCGCACCAUCAACAACAGUUGCAUGGCUACUCGCAGGGCGGGUGGGCCUACGGCAAUCCGCCGUGCGUUAACUCGGAGUGGUCCAGAAACAGCUACAGCUCGAUUGUGUGGCCACCGAAAGGUGGCCAAAAGCCCGUUUCAGUUCAGACUCUACCAGCUGAACGUCCGAAGAAUGAGUACAAGUCCGUUCAAGCUGAAGAGGCUACCAAGAAGCAGACACCCGCUGGCGAUACCAAUGCCAACGAGACUCAAACCCCUGUCGAUGUCGAGAAGAAAUGGCUAGCCAAGGACUACAAGGUCUUCAAACCAACGGGCAGAUACAACUUUGGUACUCCCCAGACCAACCACAUGAGUUCCGGGCCUACCGAUAUUUCAACACCUGCCUAUGGCAUUUAAGAAGUCUGCUUUUCAAAAGAAAUCACAUUAGUCAUAUAUGUAUCAGUCACUAUCUCUCUAUAUAUGUAUGUAUAUAUAUAUAUAUAUAUAUAUAUAUAUAUAUAUAUAUAUUUAUAUAUAUUUAUAUACAUGUGUAUGCAAUUCAACUUGAUCUAUUUACUAAAUGUAUGUCAAAUACGUAACCUAUACCAUGCAUAAUAGUGCCCAUUACGAAUACCGACCGCACACGCAUCUAUAAAAAAAUAUAUAUGUAUACAUACUGUAACUAACACUGCAAUACGACUAUCAUUAUUGUUGAAAAUGUGAAAUGUGAAAAUGUGUUUCCAAUUUACAUUGAUAGAUAAACAAACACACUUGACAUGUCCAUCUGAUAAAUAAAAACGUUUACACUUUUCGUAGACUUUUCAUCGCAAA